AUGCAGAUACCUUGGAAAAAUUUAGGUACUCAAACACCUUGGAGAAAUUGACGAAAUUCAGGGAGACAAGAGACCCCUUGACUGAGUUCUUCGAGAUCUUUCAGAUUAUCCACAAGCAACAAAAGUCCAUGCUCGAGAACUUGCAGAUCAAGAAGAAGGAGAUUGACGAGAAGCUCAAGAGCAUACGCACUUGGGCGAUUGUCUCAAACAUUAUACUGGUUGCGACUUUCCAAGCCCUUCUGAUCUAUACGGUCAUGACUGCUGCAGUGGUUGCUCCACCAUUCACUGCCGCUUCAGUGGCUGCAGUUGCCUUCCCCAUGGAUUCGGUGGGCAAGUGGAUCGAUUCCCUUUGGAAGAAUUAUGAAGAUAUAUUAGAGGGAGAGAAGGAGGUGAUCACCUCAAUGCAAGCUGGUACCUUUGUUACUCUCCAGGUCCUGGACACAAUCAGAGUUCUUAUUGACCGUUUGGAGGUACAGAUCAAGAGCCUCUUGCACAUAGCUGAUUUUGCGAUUGAGGGGGGACCAGAGGCAGUGAAGCUUGGAAUAGAAGACAUCAGGAAGAAGCUGAGAGAUUUCGUGAAGGAUGUCGAAGAACUUGAAAAGCAAGCCGACAUGUGCUUCAGAGGAUUAUGAAGCCCCCCACCAAUUGAAAUGGUGCCCCUAUAGUGCCG